AUGGCAUUGUGCUCCACCAGAUUCCUGCUCCUCCUCCUUCUCCUCUCCGCCAUCCCCCUCGCCUACAUCAUCCACUCCGAGACGUCCCACCGCGCUGCUCACGUCUACGCCUACGCCAGCAAAUCGUGGCUCCGUGAGUGCGCCAAGUGGGACCAUCUCAACCGCCGCUUCAUCGUCUCCUACUUCGAGGGAGGCGUCGGCGUGGUCCCCCUCAACGGACACGGAGACGCCUCCAUUUUGGAGGAGAUUACGGUCGUCGGAGAUGCCGCCUUCGGGAAUAACUCGUCGCUCGGAAUCGUAAUUGACCGCCCCAGGAAUCGCUUGCUGGUGGCGAUCGCCGAUGUGCAAGGAAACAAGUACAGCGCCGUCGCCGCUUACGAUUUGACCACGUGGAAUCUCCUCUUCCACACCAAACUCGCCGGACCAGAAGGUGAGAAGACGUUUGCAGAUGAUGUAGCCGUUGACACAGAAGGAAAUGCUUAUGUAACUGAUGUAAAGGGAAGCAAGCUUUGGAAGGUUGGUGUGGAUGGUGAGCUCCUUUACACCAUCAAGAGCCCACUCUUUAUCCCAAAAGAGUGGUACUACAACUUGAUUGGUCUCAAUGGCAUCGUGUACCAUCCGAACGGGUAUUUGUUGGUUGUCCAUACUCUCUGGGGCAAGCUCUUCAAGGUUGAGAUUGGCAACGGAGACGUGGUUAAGGAAGUUAACAUCAUUGGUGGUUCUCUAAUGUUUGGAGAUGGGUUGGAGCUCAUAUCGCCCACAAAGAUCGCGGUUGCUGGCAAUGCAAUAAGGCUGGUGGAGAGCACGGAUGAUUGGGAGAGUGCCCGCAUUGUAGGGAAGUCGAAGGGUCUUGGUCAUCGUGUGGUGACAGCAGCCACGGUGAAGGAGGGUAAGGUUUAUUUGAACCACCUUGUUGGUUUUGGGUAUCCUACGAGGAAACAUGUUCUUGUUGAGGCUAUUUUUACAUGAUUAUAACAAGACUCGAGGGGUUCUGAUUGUGGGAUAGAGGACCUUCUGUUACUUUCUAAUGGUAGUGUUUCUUUUUGUGUU